AUGUCAAGUGCAACAGAGACUUUGUGUGGGCUAGCAUUUGGGGCGGGACAAUACCACAUGCUGGGUAUCUACCUGCAAAGAUCCUGGAUUAUUAAUCUCACUGCAGUCACACUUUUGGUUCCCUUCUUUGUCUUUGCGGGACCUAUCUUCCGACUUCUUGGCCAGGACGACAAUAUAGCAAAAGAGAUAGGGAACAUUUCUUUAUGGUUCAUUCCCAUUCUCUACUACUUUGUGUUUACCUUAACCAUCCAAAAGUACUUCCAAGGACAGCUCAAGAACAUGAUUGUUGGGUGGCUUUGUAAUUCAUGUCUUCCUAUCUUGGCUCUUUGUGAUCAAAUGGAACUUGGGUGUCCCUGGUGCAAUGAGUGCCAUGAUCAUAUCAUAUUGGUUGAUGGUUGUCGGAGAGUUUGUAUACGUUUUCGGAGUGUGCGGGUCGCAAAUGAAUUGGGAACAGGAAACAGUGAAGCUGCAGGAUUUUCUGUCAAAGUCAUCUCAAUUACUUCACUUUGUAUUGGAUUGUUCUUUGCAGUUUUAUGUCUAAUUUUUGGUCACGGUAUGUGUUACUUGUUUACAAGUAAUGAAGAAGUUGCAAAAUCUGUUCUACUCGCUUUCUCAAUCUUGCUUAAUAGUCUUCAACCAGUAUUCUCUGGGGUGGCUGUAGGUGCUGGUUGGCAAAGUGUGGUUGCUUUCAUUAAUAUUGGUAGCUACUAUAUCAUUGGAGUUCCACUAGGACUUUUGCUUGGUUAUGUUGGUCAUUUGCAAGUUAUGGGUAUAUGGACCGGAAUGAUAUGUGGAGUGGCAAUGCAAACACUAGUGCUAUCCUACAUUAUCUGGAAAACUAACUGGGAUCAUCACGUGAAUAAUACAGCAGAUCAUCUCAAUAGGUGGGUAUUGAAACCCACGGAGGAACUUAAUGGAAGGCUUGGAAGCUCAACUCAUGAUUGA